AUGACAACAACCCAACCGACCUUGGUAUUGCGACACGUAUACGAGCCCGCCGUGCAGCUGUGCGUGUCUACCACAUCGUAGCGUAGUUCCUUCAAUCAUCCGCUACUGCCGAAAUUGUCAUCUGCAAAAUUUUACGUCCCGUCUCCUGUACGACAAUCUUCACGCCGCACGGAGAGCAGAGGGCAGCAGAGACGUCGCCAUCGUGAGCGAGCUGAGCCACCUCCGUACAACCCGACUCCUGCUCUAAUCGCACAGUCGCCGCCGCCAAUCGAUCAACACGACGUCGCGCAAACUGGUUCGUCAAGUCAAUCUGCACCGGCAGCAGGCAGUCUCAAGUCGCACGGCAAGUGCGACGGGCCCGCAGUCCUUCAAGUGACCUCCGGGCUUGAGAUUCGUUCGUCCACGCUUUGAAGCAGCUCCAGACCUCGGGUAGUGUCGGCCAGUGCGCCAAUUCCGCCGUUAGGGGCCCCGCCAGCGUGUCACGGCUUGCCGACACUGGGCUUCACUCCACGUCGUUCCGCGGCCUUCCGCGACAUUCUAUGAUCCCGGUUUGAACUGAGGCGCAGCCUUCUCCAUCUUUCUCCCUCCUGCUCUUCACACCUUACCCAUCGCAUCUCAUCCCAUCGCCACUCAUCUCAUCGCAACUCAUGAAAGAAGCCCCAACACAAGUCGCGGAUGGCGAACGAACAGCUGUCAGUCGAUGACGUCGAUCGACUUGACGCAAUACGGUCCGGGCCCAGGACACGGCUCAAGUAGUUGUCACAAUGCUUGGGAAGAUUGUGUCGAUUGAUUGAUCCCUCAACAGGGAUGCUUCCGUGUAGUAAGUAACGCAAACAACAAAAUGUUUAGGAGAGCAGCCCAUUGAUGUACGUUCAUGAUGUCAACCAAUUAUCCAUUCAGCCUUAGACGCAGAUAUCGAACGGGUGGACCGAUCCGAACUGUGCUCGAGACAAAUCGGCCUCGAGCUCGCGACACCCGAAGCGGUCGUCGUGGAAGCUCUGCAACGAAUACGGGACAAACUUUUUCAAAAACUGGCUGCAGCAUGCAGUAUAGCUACGGAUUCGAGUAAGUAACUUCAUGAACUGUGCUCUUGGUGUGGGAGUGUUGAGGAGCUAAUGGAAAACUACCAAGCAGCAAUUCCCUUCAACACGUCUUCUUUGAAUGUCAACCCUCGAGUUGUUUUUCUUCACCAUCAGCUGGUGACACUGCAUGCGUGAGUUAUGACUUGACAUGGUUAGGCAUGACGGUAACUGAUAUGAAAAACAGACAUUGGACAUCAGUGACACAGCGGAAGAAUUGACUUCGUACGGCUGAUAAUCCGGGUCCGUGGGACACUAAAUGUGAGUCUUCACUGCCAUUGUUACAGAUGGACAACAGCAAGAAUACUGAUAAUUUUAAUAGGCUCUGGUUCCGUGAAUUGCGGCUCACCAUCCCGUGGCAGAUCCUCAACGGCUCGGUUCGGUGCAGUGACCGUCGUGUUGGCAGGUGUGUGCCAAUCUUCCAAAAGCAAAGCGCAGGGCAGCAUGACUAACUGACCGGUUGGACUGUGACAUCACAGGGGAUCCGAAACAAUGCCUUCCCGUUAUUCCCAAGUCAUCGCCUGCACAAAUCGUCUUGCAUCAUGGAAUGCUGACUUCUGGGGGGAAGUUGAGACGCUGCAUCUCUCUGUAAGUAGUAGUCCUUGCCUGACUUUUAGACCCUAUACUAACAGCGUCACGGUGAAAGGGCAGACAAACAUGCGUCUUCUGGCCGCUGCAGACCGCACGACCAAAACGGAUCGGCCAACGGCACAGGGCUUUGCAGAUUGGCUCUUAGGAGUUGGAGACGGCUCGGGGAACGAAACAGAAGCCUCUAUCGCGCUCCCACGUGAGCUUCUCCUGCCGGCGACCACGAGGAACAGCUCCGGGCUGAUCAGACACGUUUAUCCCGGCCCCGCGCUCGAACUGGACAAUAUGUCAAUAGGCGAAAAAGUCGAAUACUUCCGAGAUCGAGCAAUUCUGGCGCCCAAAAAUUCGCAGGUGGAUCAGAAACGGCAGAAGAUUGUUGUUAACUCGGUUACACCCGCUUGCUCGAGGCCAUCAUUCUCACAGGAGAUCAUGCUGGACAGCCCGUUUUGUUGCCACGGAUCACGCUGAAGACAGGGUCAUCAGCUGAGCUUCCGUUCACUCUGCAUCGGAGUUUCCGAUUCGGCUGGCAAUGGCUAUGACGUUUAAAAAGUUGCAGGGGCAGUCACUCGCGCAGGUAAGAGUGUGUCUGGAGACGCCCGUCUUUUCUCACGGCCAGUUGUAUGUCGCGUUGUCCCUGACAGCAACUUAUGUGGACGGUGUCAGAGUUCUGCUCAGACUGAGAACGCAGAAGCAGAUAAUGUAA